AUGAAUCUUAAGAAACGUGCUUUUGAGGUUAUUGAUAAUGGUGCAGAUGAUGCUGAUUUCGAUGAUAAGUAUGGUGCAGUUUUUAAACCUCUUAAAAAGUAUUUUUUGAAGUAUCUAAAAGAGAUCGAUCAUGUUAAAGCAAAUGAAAUGGCUGAUAAAAGUAUUGCUCUAGUAAGAUUGACAAUGCUAUGGAGGACAAUUUAUAACAAAGUGGAUUGUGGAGUUUUUGCUAUGAGACAUAUGGAGAGUUAUUUUGGAGAAAAAUGUUCCAAAUGGAAAUGUGGUCUUCCAAAAGAAGGUGGUUCUCAAGAAAAAAUUAUGGAAAAGUUGAGAAUGAAAUAUGCAGCAGCAAUCUUAACUUCUGAGAUUAAUACAAAGUGUGAUGAUGUGUUGAAAGCUGCAUAUGAGUAUCAAAAAGUUGAUCAAAAGAUUCGUGGUACGCAUGCAUAUGAUGCUAAAUGGAAUAUAGAAAGAAGAUCUUUACUAGAUGUCUUUGAAGUAGAGGAAUGUUGUUCAUUUAAAGAGUAUUUCUUUUUAAUGAACAACAUUUCUCUACAUCGGAUAUGUAGUAAAGAUUUGUUAGGUUCAAUGGAGAUAAUCUUUCUAAGUAAUGGUGGAAUACUUCUUGGAGUCAACUACAAUCUGUAUGAAAAUCUAGCUAGGAAUAUGAAGAAUAAGAAUCUUGGAAAAUUGGGAACUUGA